AUGGGUGGUCAAAGUCGUGAAGGCGGCAAAGUCAAGCCGCUUAAAGCACCAAAGAAGGAAAAGAGAGAAAUGGACGAGGAUGAAAUCGCCUUCAAGGCCAAGCAAGCCGCAGAUGCCAAAGCACGAAAAGAACUAGCGGAGAAAGCGAAGGGCAAAGGGCCGUUGAACGCCGGCCAACAGGGCAUCAAGAAGAGCGGAAAGAAAUAA